AUGAAGGUGAACGUGUACGUCGCGGUCGGCGGCGCUGCUGCGCGUCGCAUCUGCUGGUACAUGGGCACCUCGGACGCGCAGGUAGAGCACGCCAUGCGCAUGCUGCUGUACCUGUCUCCACAGACGGCGUUCCUGCUGCGAGACGCCGACGGGGACCUGGUCCCAGUGUCCUCCACCUUGCCCAACGGCCAGCAAUACACGGUGGUGCUGCAAGAAGACCUCGCGCUGGUGAGUGGUUCGACUAGCGCUAUAAAUAACUCGAUCACGUCACCUAUGACGUCAGCUUCGAGCCCCAAGCGACGGAGACUCGAGCUACCGACAGAAGCCUCAGCGGCGUCCCCGAUGGUAGGGGCUACUACGGUCAUUACAACCGCUGCACACCAGCCGUCGACUCCGCCGCGGUCGAUCGCCACAGUCAUUCAGCAGUUCGUCGACACGUUCACCAGCCCCAUCGCCAACGACGACAACGUCAACUUCAUCCCGAACACUGGGCGCUUCGCGCUCUACGCGCUCUACAGCAAGUUGGUGCAGGAUCGGAGGUUCCACCCCAAACGCGAAGACGUGUUCUACAAAAUGACGUCCAUGCACGGCAAGGUAGAUCGACAGCGCGUGAACCGCUACUACCAGUGCCGGGUGGAGAACGGAGUCGGGACGGAAGUCGUGCACUGCAAACCGCAGGGCAAAGGAGUGCUACUGCGGCGAUAUCGCGUGGUAAUUAGUGUUGAGGAGCUACAGGAGGCGGUGAAGUCGACACCGUUUGUGUCUUUGCUGAGGUUAGAUCCGAAGGAAGUGGCGGCGCUGUACAUGCGCUUCGUGGACAGCUUCAACCCCAUUGCCAAGAGUAUCUAUCGUGCGCAGAGCAGCAGCAAGCACGGCGAUAGUGAAGCAGCAGAUGCUGAACAAGUAGUGUUGAGAGUGUAA